AUGGCAGAAAUCCCUUCAAAGUCCAAACCGAUGUCAGAUGUAUCAUUUGGAAAACAGAUUGCAUUUUCCAGGAGUUAUGAUAUAACAUUCGAAGUGCAGAAGACUAUACACCGGCGAAGUAUCUACGGUCCAGCAACCCCAAUAGAAGAAGGUAAUUACUUUCGGCCACCAAGUGUCCAACACGCUAUUAGAAGUCUUCAAGCUCAUACUAGGAUUUUUUCUCUCAGCCAUUGUCAUCAUUUGUACCAAUUAUGGACUGGGUUGCAAAAUGCUUCGUAG